AUGAUAAUUACCUCAUCUGCGAACACCUCCACAGGCGCUGGCUUCACAAGUGUCUCUUCAAACACUGUUCCUGGUGCCUGUAUCUCGCUAUCCGGCUUGCCAUGCGCCUCUGGGCAGUCCUCAGCACCAAUGACCGCAGUCAGUCUUGCUCCGGCUCAACCACAUACCCAUCACAUUCACCAUCCUCAUGCACACUUGCACCAUUUUCCAGGCCACCAGCAGACGCUGUCCGCGUCCUCCACCACUGCUAGUCCGUGUGGUAAUAGCUCCCUCUUUCAUCAACAGAACACUCAGCUCGGACACCCUCAACAGCAACAACAGCAGUUGUUGAUCCAGUCCGUCCCUGCCGGCCAACCCUCACAGACAGCUGCUGCCAUUUACGUUACUAACUCAACAAAUCUAGGAGCUCCGGCUACUUUGUUCGCUGCUAGCGCGCCUGCGGCCGGACAGGUCUCAGCCCAAGCAGGUCCAGCUGGAUUGGCCUCGUUUGUCACCUCGCCACCACCUGCUUCUGUCAAUAGUGCAGCCAACGGAGCGAUUUCUGUUUCUGUAUCAAUGACUGCAUCUACUACACCUUCCGUCGGCCUCAUACCAGCCUCAUCCAUUCCCGCAUCAUCCGUCACUACCACCAGCGCGACUGGCGUCUGCAUGACGGGAAGUCAAACGAUCGGAGUCAGGAGUAGCCAUCAGGUCCUGCAAUCACCACAGUUAAUUCGCCCUCAUCCCCAGAUCACACCGGGACCUGUAUACCAGCAGCAACAGAGGCCAUUGCAACCAUUAGUCACUCCGGGACCAGCAGGAACACUCUCUCCAGUAAGUCAAUUACAACAACGACAACUACAACCUUCACCAGGUCAGGUCCAAACGCAAUACUUUGCGCACCAACAACAACGAGCUACAGUAAUAUCUCAAUAUCAAUCUCAGCAAUUAGCCCAACACUCGCAUCAGCAGCAACAACAACAAAGAAUUCAGCAAAUUCAGGCUCAACCUCAAGUUGUUCAAUAUCCCACCUUGCACCAGCAUCAACACUCGCAGCAACAGCAACAGCAACGUAUCAUCCUUCAGACUCCUAGUGGUCAGCAGGUAAUCGCGACAUCGACUGGACAGCAACUUCAACAGCACCAACUUGGCGAGCAAUCAGUAAGUGUUUGCAUUUUUACUGCAUGA